AUGCUAUCAAUAAUCGCCUCAACUACAGUAAUCGCCAGCGUUUCCACGUGGCUUUGCAGUUCGAAGAAGCCGAAAAAGGAGGCGAUGACCGAGACGAAAUCGAAGAGGAAGCAGAAGGGAGCGGGAGGAGCGGGAGGAGCGGGAAAUGGUCAGGAUGGGAAUAGUACAGCGGUCACGGGGACUACCGGAACCGGAACUAAUGAUGGAUUUACUGGAACUGCUGGAACAACUGGAGAUGAUAAAGUGAGUUCGUCAGUGGCGUGCGGUUGUGCGUCGCGGUCGGGAACAAUCAAUACGCGCUCCACCGAAAUAAACACGCAACGCAGACCGCGCCGCGCCACAGCACACACAAAUAGGGGGACGAUUCAAAUUCCCUCCCUUUUUGUGUGUGUUGUGGCGCGACGCGGUCUGCGUUGCGUGUUUAGUUCGGUGGAGCGCGUAUUACCGAUGAGAUUUUCGGUGACCAAAAAUGUAUCAAAUCGUUUUUUGGUCAAAAAUUGGUCAAAUAUUGGUCAAUCGGUGAUUUUUGACCAAUUUUUGACCAUAACUUGGCCCAAACAGUGAAUUUCUCAAAAAUUGGUCAAAAAAUGCCCAAAUUUUUGGUCAGGCCCCCAGCACCUGUGUAGUGCAGAAUCGAACGAAGGAAAAAACAUCAUUAGUUCGUCAGUCGCGUGCGGCUAUGCGUCGCGGUCCGAAAACAAUCAAUAAUUUAUGGAAAACAUGAAUUAUUGAUUUUUUCCCGACCGCGACGCACAGCCGCACGCAACUGACGAAUGUUUGCCACGUCUUGCCAUCCUGGCUUUCACGUGACGUCAAUUAAUUUUCAGAAUGAGCCAGCCCCUGCAAAAGUAACCGACGCCAAAACCGCAGAAAAGAAAGAUGCGCCAAAAGAAGAAGCCGCGAAACCCGAAGAGAAAAAAGAGGAAGGAAAAGCUGCUGCAGCUCCAGCAGCGGCUCCUGGAGAACCUGCAGCGGGUGCCCCACCACCAGCUGCUGGUGAUAAUAAGAACACCCAAUUGGUUAUUAUAUCUGAUCCGAUUGUCACGCCUGAAACUGACGAAUAUCCGACGGAAGAGGAGAAGAAAGAGAAAAAGGAGGAGGGGAAGGAUGGAGCGAAACCUAAAGAGAAAAGUAAAAAUGAUAAGGGAUGA